AUGUCGAAGGUUAAUGUUUUCAAGCAGAUGGAUCAGAUGCACCGAUCAAGUCAGCAGCAAACUGCGCGGCCAUUCAAUCCAUCAACAGUAAAAAAUGCGCUUUUACGAUGGUGUCAAAUUAAAUUGGAAAAUUAUCCUGUUCAAAUUACAAAUUUUUCAUCAUGUUGGGCUGAUGGAAUGGCAUUUUGCGCAUUGAUACAUCGAUUUGUGCCUGAUUCGUUUGAUUUUGAUAAAUUAAAUCCAAGAAAUCGACGAGAAAAUUUAGAGUUAGCAUUUAGGGUAGCCGAACAAAAUGGUAUUGUACCAUUGCUUGAAGUGGAUGAUAUGUUGCUAAUGGGUGAUCGACCUGACUGGAAAUGUAUUUUCACCUAUGUUCAGUCAUUUUACAAAGCAUUCAAAGACCAAUUGUGA